AUGUCCGAGUAUUACGCAAACGACAAGCAGGUCGCUCCUGCGCGACCCGAGGCCGCGGUUCUUUCUGGGGAAGAGAAGAAUCAAGUGCACUCUGUUGCGGAGUCGACGGACAACAGCGACCGCCUGGAGCCUGAGCAGGGACGUAUGGCGAGAAUGUUCACUUAUAUGAAGACGCGCGAUUUCUGGCUUGUCGUUCUUCUUGGACAAAUUAUCGCUUUGGCAGAUAUCAGCUCCUCCACAUUCUCGUCCCUUCUCUCCAACAAAGGCACCAGUAUCCCGGCUUUCCAAACCUUGUGGGUUUACGUUUUGCUCAACUUGACUUAUACCAGCAUCACUAUCUACAAAUACGGCUUUAAGAAAUGGUUCCGCCUUCUUUAUACCGACUGCUGGAGAUAUUUCAUCCUUUCCUUCUUGGAUGUUGAGGGCAACUACUUUAUGGUUUUGGCAUACCGUUACACCUCGCUGCUGAGCGCUGAGUUGUUCAGUUUCUGGACUAUUAUUGUCAUUGUCAUUAUCUCCUUCAUCUUCUUGAAAGUUCGCUACCACAUCACGCAAUACCUCGGUGUGUUUGUUGCCUGCGGUGGUAUGGGUCUCUUGAUUGCUUCCGACUACCUCCGUGGCGCCAACUACCCUGCUGCCGAUCAGUUGAAAGGUGACCUUUUUGCUCUUUUGGCAAGCUCUAUCUACGCUUUCAGCAACUUGUUUGAAGAGUACAUGGUCUCCAAGCGUCCCAUGUACGAGGUCAUUGGCCAAAUGGGUUUCUGGGGUAUGUUGAUCAAUGGUGUUCAGUGCGCCAUCUUUGACCGCAGCUCGUUCAACGGUGCUGUUUGGGACGGACAAGUCGGUGGUUAUAUCGUCGGCUAUACUCUUGUUCUUUUCAUCUUCUACACUCUCGCCCCCAUCCUGCUGCGUAUCUCGUCUGCGACAUUCUUCAACAUUUCUCUAUUGACGAUGAACUUUUGGGGCUUGAUUAUUGGUAUCCAGGUUUUCCACUACUCGGUCCACUUUUUGUAUCCGAUUGCUUUCGUCAUGAUCGUUCUCGGUUUGUUUGUGUACUUCGUCGGUGAGGGAAGACUUGGUGAAUCCUUCAAGCCUUGGUUGGGAAAGAACCAGGAACUUGGUGUCGAUGGUGUGGGAACUGCUCGUCGUGCCCAGGAAACUGGUCACGCAAUCGUCUAA